AUGGGAGGUCCAUACGCCCCUACAACCGCCGCACUGGGCGGUCGUCCAACCAAGGACCUCGAUGUCCCCAUCUGCGCCGUCUUCCUUGUCCUCUUCGCCGCCGCCGCCGCCGGCCACAUGAGAAUCUUCCAACGCAACAGGAAACGAGGCCACAAGUUCAUCCCUUCAGCUGCGACUUUUGGUUUCUGCAUGUCCCGCAUAAUCGCAAAUGUAAUUCGCAUCGUCUGGGCCUGCUACCCAACCAACAUCUCGCUCGCGAUCGCCGCUCAGAUCUUCGUCGCGGCAGGCGUACUCCUUCUAUUCGUGCUCAACCUGAUCUAUGCGCAGCGGAUGCUCCGUGCGGCAUUCCCUGCAUUCGGCUGGUCUCGGUCGUUGUCAUGGUUAUUCAAAUUUCUCUACGUGAUCGUGGUCAUCUCCAUCAUCAUGGUGAUCACGGUCGUGAUUCAAAGCAUGUACACGCUCAACGCCAACACGCACCGUAUUGAUCGCGAUAUCCAGCUCUACGGAUCAACCUACUUCGCUAUCGUCUCGUUCCUGCCUAUUCCCAUCGUCAUGGCCAUUCUCAUCCUCACCCGCUUCCGGUCCGUCGAGCACCCCGGUGCCGGAUCAUGGCAUACUCGGGCCUUCAUCAUCUUACUUGCGGGUUGUCUCCUUUGUCUCGGGGCUUCGUUCCGCGCAGGCACCACCUGGAUGAAGCCUCGUCCGGUCACGGAUCCAGCAUGGUACCAGUCCAAGGCGUGUUUCUAUAUCUUCAACUUUGCGAUUGACUGGACCGUUGUCAUGAUCUUUUUGGUUUCACGGAAGGACAAGCGCAUGUGGGUUCCGGAUGGAAGUAGCAAAGUACGACACUACCGUAUUGGGGAGAUUGACGAGAGGGAAAGAGCGAGGCAGAAGCCUCUCCUGAGCCGAACCAUAUAA